AAGCCACCUUGACGCUUGAACACAGUACAAUAAACAAACAUCCAUAUUGACUAAAUUACAAAAUUAUUGAAUCUUUUCGUACACUUUCCAGGCAACACGCACGUGCCACAACAUGAGCAAGACAGACCCCAUAUCGCUCAGCUUCCACGACUCCUGUCUGCGCAUGUCCGACGUGCAACUGCUGCACGGACCGCGCUGGCUCAACGAUCAGAUCCUGAGCUUCUACUACGAGUAUCUGUCGCAUGUCAAGUACAAGAACAACAAAGACUUGUACUUCAUAGCGCCCGAGGUGACGCAGUGCAUGAAAUACAUGGACGACUCCGAGCUGGAGAUGCUGCUGGACAAGAACAAUGCCGCCUACAAGCUGUUCAUAUUCUUUGCUCUUAACGACAACGGCGCCACCGAAGAGGGCGGCAGCCACUGGUCGCUGCUGGUGAUGUCGCAGCCCGAGAAGACUUUCUUCCACUUUGACUCGUUUGGCAACAGCAACACGGCCACAUCCGUCAAGCUGAUGAAUAGGGUGAAGGACUUCCUGGGCAUGCGUCUGGCCAAGUUCUGUCCGAUGCGCUGUCUGCAGCAGGCGAAUGGCUACGACUGUGGCAUCCACGUCAUCUGCAUGACCGAUCACAUAGCCGACUAUGUGAGUCGCUUUGAGAUGAUCAACGGGCUGCCCGGACUGCAAAUCGAUACUGUAAAGGCCAAGCGUGCCGAGCUGCUUAAGCUGAUCCUCUCACUGGGCGGCAGUUGUUAAUCCGUCCAAUGCUUCGUUAUAUAUAUAUUCGAUGUAAUACGAACUAUCAGUACCAAAGGCAGAUAAGUGUGUGUUAUGUGAUCGAAAUGUUUAAGCUUAACGGUAUUGAUAUGGGUUAGAUAUAAUUCAUUGUUUAGAGUAUUGUAUUCCCCCAUCUGGCUGUGCAUCAUAAUAAAGAUAUUGAUGUUGACAUGA